AUGAAUGAAAUCUUGGAAGAGUGAGUUGAAAAAAUAUACAAAACCUUGACACAAUUAUUUUUUCUUUUCUUCAGACAAAAACCAGAAGUUUUGCUGAAAAAAUAUGAGCAACUUGAACAGAAACUUAUUUUACAAAAGAAACUCAAUGAAUAUGAGAAAAUGUUAAGAGUGGAUUAUAAUGAUGUGGUUGAUACAAUGAGUGCAGCUCUGAAUGAGAUAUCAUUCAAAUUUCCGAGAAAUCAGGAAAUAAUUGAUGUGAAAAAUGAGAUUUUGAAAUUUGAAGAGGAUUUGGAUGAUUAUUUGCAAACUAUUCGUUAUGAAAUUUGGAAAAUUAACAAUGAUUCGAGUUUUGAAGAGAUGAAAGAUAUUGAUCCAUUUCCAAAUGCUGAACUUAUGAUCAAAUAUGAAAAUAUCUUGAAUUCACAAGGUGUUAAAUAA